AUGUCAGGCACCCUCGACAUGUCCCUCGACGACAUAAUCAAAUCAAGCAAGAAGACUGCCAGCGGUGGACGCGGGCGGGGUCGUGAGCACGACAUGUACUCGGCGGCGCAAGUAGGUGGUUUUCCUGCUCCGACGGCGAGGGCUUCCUCCAUAGAGACCGGCACCAAGCUGUAUAUCUCGAAUUUGGAAUUCGGAGUGUCGAACGAGGACAUCAAGGUGCUCUUUUUCACUUUUUAG